GACUCAGCCCUGAGCCCGGGUGCAGGACGUUCUUGUUCACGUGGGGACUGCCGGGGAAAGCUGCGUCACUUCUUGCGCAAUGAUUUCUUGAGGCCUUAGAAAUUGUAUUCUUCAAGCUCUAAGAAGUCAAGCAAAAAUUAAGAGGACUUGGAGAGGAAGCUUUCUUAAAACACAGCAAUGACUAGAGAGAACUGGGCCCACAAUGCUUUGCCGCAAGAAGGCCUUGUCAAAGGGAAGGAUGACACCUGGAAAUGGGGAGCCAGCUACCCAGGCAGCAGCCCCUCCGUGUGGGAAACCUCGCACACGCAGUUCAGACGGCUGCGUUACCACGAGACCUCUGGCCCCCAGGAGGCCCUGAGCCAGCUCCGGGAGCUGUGUCGCCGGUGGCUGCGGCCAGAGACGCGCACUAAGGCCCAGAUCCUAGAGCUGCUGGUGCUGGAGCAGUUCCUGAGCAUCCUUCCGGGGGAGCUCCGGACCUGGGUGCAGCUCCAUCGGCCUGGAAGUGGUGAGGACGUCGUGACCCUGGUAGAGGAGCUGCAAGAGUACCUGGGUGGAGCCGCGCAAACGGUUCCCAUACUUGUCCACAACCAGGACGCUGGCCAGGAGGGGUCCGGUGCUCCAGGAGCAGCACUUCCUCCUGCGCCUCCCAGGAGCCACUUAGCAGCCAGAAACCACCGGAAUGCUCUUCCAGACCCAGUGGUCUUCAGUCUCCAGGAUCCUCUGCAUGAUUCUCCUGCCCUUGAAGCAGCUCCCCUUUCCCAGGAAGAGAACCCACGGAAUCAAUUAAUGGCCCUCAUGCUCCUGACGGCCCAGCCACAGGAGUUGGUGAUGUUUGAGGAGGUCUCGGUAUGCUUCACUGCAGAGGAAUGGGCAUGCCUGGGCCCAAUCCAGAGAGCCUUGUACUGGGACGUGAUGCUGGAGAAUUAUGGCAGCGUCACUUCUCUAGAAUGGGAGACAAUGAUGGAGAAUGAGGAGGUGACACCAGAGCAGAAUAUUUCUCAAAGAUCAGACUCUCAGAGAGGAACAUCAAAAAGACUUCAAGAUGGUGUUCCCCAGGACCUUGACUUUGAGGAAGAGUGUGAAUGGCAAGUUUUGCCAAGUCAGUUGGGAAAUGAAACUGAGGAAAGAGUAGCUAUAUUGGAGAAGGUUUCCAUUUGUGAACCAGACAAGAAGAAAAGGACUCUACUAGAAAAACAGAGCCAGAACGGGAAAGAAUUUGUAAAAAACUUGAUUUUAGGUUCAACUAUUUCUGAAAGCUUAAUUGGUACUGAAGGAAAGAAGUUUUAUAAAUGUGAUAUAUGUUGUAAACAUUUUAAUAAAAUCUCCCAUCUUUUAAACCAUCAGAGAAUCCACACUGGCGAGAAACCUUACAAAUGUAAGGAAUGUGGAAAAGGCUUUAUUCAGCGCUCAAGCCUUCAGAUGCACUUGCGGAACCAUUCUGGGGAGAAGCCUUACAAAUGUAAUGAAUGUGGAAAAGCAUUCUCUCAGAGCACUUACCUCCUGAAUCACCAGAGGAUCCAUACGGGAGAGAAGCCUUACAAAUGUAAAGAGUGUGGGAAGGGCUUCUACAGGCACUCAGGUCUGAUUAUACAUCUACGCCGCCACUCAGGAGAGAGACCUUUUAAAUGUAAUGAGUGUGGGAAAGUUUUCUCCCAAAAUGGAUACCUUGUUGACCAUCAGAGGCUCCACAAAGGGGAAGAGCCUUACAAAUGCAACAAGUGCCAGAAAGCUUUCAUUCUGAAGAAGAGCCUCAUUCUGCACCAGAGAAUCCACUCUGGGGAGAAACCCUAUAAAUGUGAUGAAUGUGGAAAAACAUUCGCUCAGACUACAUACCUUGUUGACCACCAGCGACUCCACAGUUCAGAGAACCCUUACAAGUGUAAAGAGUGUGGCAAAGUGUUCAUUCGAAGUAAAAGCCUCCUCUUGCACCAGCGAGUCCACACAGAAAAGAAAACCUUUGGUUGUAAGAAAUGUGGAAAAAUUUUUAGUGCUAAGUCAAACCUCAUUGACCACAAAAGGAUGCACAGCCGAGAGAAGCCCUACAAGUGCACUGAGUGUGGGAAAGCCUUCACACAGAGUGCUUACCUCUUUGACCACCAGAGGCUUCACAAUGGAGAGAAACCUUAUGAGUGUAAUGAGUGUGGGAAAAUUUUCAUUCUGAAGAAGAGCCUCAUUUUACAUCAGAGGUUCCACACUGGAGAGAACCUCUAUGAAUGUAAAGACUGUGGCAAGGUCUUUGGUUCUAACAGAAACCUCAUUGACCAUGAGAGACUCCACAAUGGAGAGAAACCAUAUGAAUGUCGAGAAUGUGGGAAAACCUUUAUCAUGAGCAAAAGUUUCAUGGUCCAUCAGAAACUCCAUACCCAGGAGAAAGCAUAUAAAUGUGAGGAUUGUGGGAAGGCUUUUAAUUACAAUUCAAGCUUGCUUGUGCACCGGAGAAUUCACACUGGAGAAAAGCCCUUUGAAUGUAGUGAGUGUGGCCGAGCAUUCAGCUCAAACAGAAACCUCAUUGAACAUAAGAGAAUUCAUAGUGGCGAGAAGCCCUAUGAGUGUGAUGAGUGUGGCAAAUGCUUCAUUCUGAAGAAAAGCCUCAUUGGACAUCAGAGGAUUCACACGCGGGAAAAAUCUUACAAAUGCAGUGACUGUGGGAAAAUCUUCAGUUACCGCUCCAACCUGAUAGCCCACCAGAGGAUCCACACUGGUGAGAAGCCCUAUGCAUGUAAUGAGUGUGGGAAAGGCUUUACCUACAAUAGAAACCUUACUGAACAUCAAAGAAUUCACAGUGGGGAAAAGACCUAUGAAUGCCAUAUAUGUAGAAAAGUCCUUACCUCUAGUCGAAACCUUAUGGUACAUCAAAGAAUCCACACUGGCGAGAAACCUUAUAAAUGUAGUGAGUGUGGAAAGGACUUUAGUCAGAAUAAAAACCUUGUCGUACAUCAGAGAAUGCACACUGGGGAAAAACCUUAUGAGUGUGAGAAGUGUAGGAAAUCCUUUACUUCUAAGAGGAAUUUGAUUGGCCAUCAACGAAUCCAUGCAGGAGAGAAACCCUAUGGUUGUAAUGAUUGUAGUAAAGUGUUUAGGCAAAGAAAAAACCUUACUGUACAUCAGAAAGUUCAUACAGAUGAAGAGGCCUGUGAAUGUGGUGAGUCUGAGGAAUUACGUCAAACAUCAAACCUUCAUCUUCAAAAAAUGCAUAUGAAAGAGGAGUUCUGGCUACAAAAUACCAGUGAGUCCAACAUGGAGGGCCAGAAAUUUUGAUGGAGGACUGGGGAUGUGGCUCAGUGAUACAGCACUUAUCUAGUAUCUGCAAGUCCCUGGGUUCAAUUCCCAGCAGCAUAGAAAAGGAAAAAAAAAUCACAUAAAAUGCAAUGGACUCCUGAAAACUAACUGUUGGAGGAGUUGAGUGGACAAGAAUUUACUGUUUGAAUGUUGGACAUAGUGUCACAUGCCUAUAAUCCCAGCACUUGGGAGGCUGAAACAGGAAAAUUGCUAUGAAUUCAAGACUAGC